GCAGCAACUUGCUGUUGUUUCUGGUCAAGUGCUGUGAAGAGGUGGGGAAUGAAUGUUUAUGUUUCCGACUAAAGUGCUUCUUUUGUAAAUCACUUUCGAGCUCCAGAGCCAUGCAAAGGCUGAGGUUGAAGGUUGAAUUAAAAUUCCUGCACUUAUAAUUAUCUCCUGCUGUUGUCCUUUACGGACCCACAUGUACAUACAUGUGUACAUAUGUACUUCCUUUCACCGCAUGUAUUUUCAAAUGUCAAUUAGUUGAGUUAAUUGAGCGAAAGUGCAAAAUGUGAACCGCAAUAUCGUUUAUAUAAAUUUACGGAAUUCACUCGCCUCUGUCAAUCUUUUGGCUUCUAUUGUCCCCUUGCCUCCCCUGGUCCACAGUCUUUUGGCCUUUGUUGGGGCAGCAGAGCCCUUUUGCGAGGCCAGCUUUGCGCAGUUCGAGGAGCUGUCGUUGAACAAGCGCAUGAACAGGUGAACAGGUGGCCAAGAACGAGGAGGCCACCGAGGAGGACGACAUCGAUGUGGAGCUGCGCCUGUCGCGCUUCGAAUAAGUGGCCGAAUGUGUACGACAUCUGGACCUCGUAUCUAAGCAAGUUCCUCGCGCGCUACGGGGGCACAAAGCUGGAGCGGGCCCGCGACCUCUUCGAACAGUGCCUGGAUCAGUGACCCGCUGAGCAAUCCAAGUACUUUUACCAGCUCUACGCGAAGCUGGAGGAGGAGCACGGCCUGGCCCGGCAUGCCAUGUCCGUCUACGAUCGCGCCACGUCCGCCGUCAAGGAAGAGAAGAUGUUCGACAUGUACAACAUAUUCGUGAAGAAGGCCGCCGAGAUCUACGGCCUGCCACGCACCAGGGAGAUCUACGAGAAGGCCAUCGAGGCUCUGCACGAGCAGCAUAUGCGCCACAUGUGCGUCAAAUUCGCCGAGCUGGAGACGAAGCUGGGCUAGGUGGAUCGAGCCAGGGCCAUCUACGCUCACAGGUGUGCGAUCCCCGCAUCACGGCGGACUUCUGACAGACCUGGAAGGAGUUCGAGGUGCGUCAUGGCAACGAGGAUACGAUGCGUGAAAUGCUGCGGAUCAAGCGUUCCAUUCAGGCCACCUACAACACUCAGGUCAACAUGAUGGCUGCCCAGUUUGUCAACACGAACACGAAUGGUGUGGCUGCCGAUGCUGGUGCUGGCUCCGGACCGGAUGCCAUGCGGCUGCUCGAGGAGAAGGCCCGCCAGGCGGCGGCCGAGGCCAAGCAGAAGCCCGCCGAGAA